AGGGAUAGGUGGGCUACACAUAAAUGUGUAUGAAGUAUUACUUUUCAAAACCCCCAAAAAUAUCACUGAAACCUGCUGUUCAUUAAAAGUGAAUAUUUUAUUGAUAUCUGCAAAGGAUUUAUCAGGAAUCUACACAAUAAAAUCCCUGUACCGAUUAAAGCACACAGAAAUUUUGGUACAAGAAUGACCAGUUCUUUUAAUUCAGAUACUGGGCAACAAAUAAAUCCAAAUUAAAACAAUGUGUUCAGUUUAAAAACAAACAAAAUGUACUGUUAAUCCAUAGCCACGAACAACAUUCUCAUUGUGUUCUGCCCUAUACAGUAGUAAAAACUAUGAAAGAUAUGCUGACAAAAUAUAUGAAUAGAGGCAGUCAGACAGUUUUAACCUUGUUAACAAAUACAUUGUGUUUAAUGUUAUGCGUAAUGAUAAAAAAAAAUUAAAAGUACAAGUGGAGGUUUUCUGUUAAUUGCUUUAGUUUGUUGGUCUGCUAUACAUGUGUGUGUGUGUGUGUGUGUGUCAAAGGCAGUUUGGGGUAGUUUCUCAAAAAAGUAAUGUAAUGCAUAUAACUAGUUACUUUUCAAAAAGGUAAUUUCUUACUUAAUUACUCACUGCUGAAAGUAAGUCAUUACACUAGUAGUCACACAACCUUUGCAUUAUUUUGUAACAUAGCCUGAGAUGCACUGUCACUUAAAUGCCAAUUAACAAUAUCAAGUGCAACCCUACAUCUGCCCACAAAUCCCUGUUCUAAUAAGGAGGACAUACACUAGAUCUCUUUAUGCAGUGGUAGCAUGCUAUAAAUGAUUCAAAAUAAAAUUCAGAUUUGUGAUAUGCUCACAGCAGUGGACAGUUGUUUCUGGUCUGGGCACAGUUUAAUUUUCUUCUUGUCCUUUUGCGCAACAAAUUCAAGGUAAUGUGCAUAUCCCCACCCCUUAAAAGACUCCCUGGACUGCUCUGCCAUUUUUGUCUUGAGCCAAUGUUACAGUCAUGUCACGGGAUGUCAGACAAGUGUUGCGUCAGUGCACAUGAAAAGGGACAUUUGAUUUGUUUUUCUGUCUUCCUGUUAUACAGAUAAUUAAAGAACUUAAAGUAAUUCACGUCAUGAGAUAAUUGUUUAAUUAGUAACUGUAAUGUGAUUACUGAAGCUACAACAGCAAUAUCUUACUGCCUUACACAAAAAUGUAAUCUGAUUACAGUAAUCUUACACCCAACACUGGUCAAAGGCAAUCAAAGGCAAACACUCCUAUGAUCUCAUUGCAUGUAACAGGUAGUAAAUCCUCUCAGAAUCCCACAUCAUGAAUAAAACCUGUUUUCCUUUAAACAUGGUUGAUAUCAUAGGGAGUUGAUGCUGCUACAGGUGCACAUACCAUUGUUUCACAAUCUCAUACCUCGUGAUGUCAGUAGAGAGGUGUUGAAGGAGAAGCUGAGGAUGGAGCUGAAGAAAAGAGCUCUGAAGGUAGUGGAGAGUCUUCUCGAGGACAGCGUGGCUGAAGACUUCCUGGUUGACUGUGCCAAAUUCAUUACUCGAGCUAAUUACAGAGAUGCUGUAGAGGAAAGAUCGAUUGCAAAAAUGUGUGGUUAUCCCAUCUGUCCAAAUAAACUGGGCAAGAUGCCAACUCAACAGUAUAAAAUCUGUACUAAGACCAAUAGAGUGUAUGACAUGACGGAGCGCAAGUGUCAUUGUAGUAACUUCUGUUACACAGCCUCCAAAGCGUUUGAAGUACAAAUAUCAAAGACACCUCUGUGGCUCAGACCGCAUGAGAGCCCCCCAGAAAUUAAACUGAUGAAGAAAGAAAAUGGUGAGGGAGCUAGUGAGAAGAUGAUGCUGUCCCAGAGGAGUCUCAAAGAGAAGGACAUUGAGAUUUCACCAAAUGCUCAGCCCGAGGAGCCUCACAGUUCUUAGCAGUGUUGAGCUGCUUGUGGCCUCAGCCACAGCGACAGAAAAUAUUAAUGUUAACAUUAAAAAUUGACCCCAAAGCA